AUGCGCGUUUUUACGACAAUUGCUACAGCGGCAGCGCUGGCCAACUUGGCUGUUGGUUCGCCGGCUGGAAAUGGCUCAUCCUCUGGCAUUGUCCAAGGUGCUGCCGCUGGCAUCGUCUCGACCAGCGUAGCCAGCACCACCACAGCAGCAGCAGACGCGCCCAAUGAAGCCGUUGCAUCAACCGCACCUGCUGCUGCUUCCACUACAGCCCCCGCCGCCGACACAUCCGCCGCAGGUUCAGACACAGGGGCCGCCAACGCCGAUUCAGCUACUUCUACCCCCAUCGUCUCUGUUUCCGUGCCUGCGGCAGCAGAUAGCACUGCAGCUGCUUCUACUGCCCCGGCUGCGGCUGCCAGCAGCGUAUCUGAUGCUGCUACCGGCGUCGCCAGCUCUGUCGCAGCGGCCGCCACUUCCACGACCUCACCAUCCGGCACCACCGGCGCCUCUGACGCCUCAAGCACCACGUCCAGCACUUCUUCGAGCACUACAACAUCUGCCAGUGCUGGUGACCUUGCAAGUUUACUCAGCGGUUUGUUGGGUGGAAGCAGCAGCACCUCGAGUGGCUUAGGAAGUCUGAUCACGGAUCUCGAGAACUAUCUGAGCGGUAUCACUGGCUUGCUUAGCCCGACAUUCUUGAAGAAUCUCGAGUCCUUCGUCAACAAUCUUGCCCUCCUUCUUGAUGCGCCAACCACUCAACAGACGAAAGAGGUUCUCUCUGUCGUCCAUACACUUGUCAACAACGGCACUGCUUCAUCGCUCGUAAGCUUGCUGUCGUCCGCUGAGCAGCUCUUGACGCCAACAUUUGUCAACGAAACAAGCAACUUGAUUAGCAAGGUCUCGCCGUUGAUCGAUGAAUUGAGUCCCUUGUUGACCGGAGACACUGUCACCAACAUCGAGAGUCUAUUGACGAAUGGUGCCGCAUUGUUGACGCCAACCUUCGUCAAGGACACUCAAGCCCUUAUCACGGACGUCGCACCAAUCUUGGAUGAUCUCAAGCCACUAUUGAGCAACCAGACUAUUUCCGAACUCGAGGAUCUGCUCACCAACGCUAAUGGCUUGUUGACCGCCUCGAACACUAAGGCUAUCGAGGACUUGCUCACCAACGCCAACACGUUGUUGACGGCCGAUAACACGAAGGCGAUUGGAUCAUUGCUCACUAAUGCUAAUGAUUUGUUGACGCCAGAAUUCGUCAAGGAUACCCAGUCUCUUAUCACUGAUGUCGCACCAAUUUUGGAUGAUCUCAAACCGCUCUUGAGCAACGAGACCAUCUCUGAACUGGAGAGUCUCCUCGUAAAUGCCAAUGGCCUGUUGACCACUAAGAACACACAGGCUAUCGAGACAUUGCUCACCAACGCCAAUACGUUGUUGACUGCUGAUAAUACCAAGGAGAUUGAAGCAUUGUUGUCUAACGCCAACAGCUUGUUGACUGCCGAUAACACUAAGGAGAUUGAAGCAUUGUUGUCUAAUGCCAACGGCUUGUUGACACCUGAUAAUACUAAGGCCAUCGAGUCACUGCUCACCAACGCCAAUACUUUGUUGACUGCUGAUAAUACCAAGGAGAUUGAAGCACUGUUGUCUAACGCCAACAGCUUGUUGACUGCCGAUAACACUAAGGAGAUUGAAGCAUUGUUGUCUAAUGCCAAUAGCCUGCUGACACCUGACUUUGUCAACGAGACCAAGAGCUUGAUCGGCGAUGUUGCACCACUUCUCGGCGAUCUUGGCCCUGUUCUCGCAGCCGCCGCACCUUUGUUGACCACUAAGAGUAUCGACAACAUUGAGACUCUGUUGACCAAUGCGGGCAGCUUGUUGAGUACUUCCAACACUCAAGAAAUUGAGAACUUGCUUUCGACCGCCAGCGGUCUGCUCACUCCUGAAAACACCCAAGAUAUUGAGUACUUGGUCACCAACGCUACAAAGCUGUUGACACCAAGCUUCGUCUCGGAGACAAGCGGUUUGAUUGGAGACGCUGCUCCUCUGCUCAGCGAAGUCGGCCCGAUCUUGACMCUCGUCAAGCCACUAUUGACCAAUACCACCAUCGCAGAACUCGAGGGUCUGCUCAGCGGUGCUGUAAGUCUGUUGACACCCAAGUUCAUCAACGAGACCAGGGAUCUUAUCGACGAGGUUGGACCCAUCCUUUCAACCGUUUCGCCAUUGAUCACACCCGACUAUAUUGAAGAGCUCGGAUGGCUGUUGACCAACGCCAGCAACUUGUUGACACCAACAUUCGUCAACGAGACCAGUGGCUUGAUUGGUGAUGCAGCUCCUCUGCUCAGCGAAGUCGGCCCGAUCUUGACUCUCGUCAAGCCGUUGUUGAGCAAGGAUAACAUCGACGAUAUCGAAUAUCUCCUCACCAAUGCCAGCAACCUUCUUACACCCACGUUUGUCAAUGACACUCGUGGCCUCAUCACUGAAGUCGCUCCAGUCAUCACACCAGAUCUCUUGGCCCAGGUCGGCGGCUUGCUAAUCAACGCUGACAACCUCUUGACGCCUACAUUCGUCAACGAAACGGGCUCGCUGAUUGGUGAUGUCUACCAGCUUCUGCCAUUGUUGAGCAGUCUUAUAAACGCUUUGUAA